AUGACUGAUUUGGCACAAAUGUCUGACAUUCAAUCGAUGGAAUUAAGUCAAGCUGAACCCGAGGAAGAUGAAUUAACCUAUGAAUCGAUCAAACAAGCGAAUACCAGUGUUAAUCAAGAUUAUUCGAAACACUAUGUUCGAUUGAUCAUUAAAAUUCCUGAAAUGAAAACCGGUCUUAGUUGGCGACGGAUGACGCGUGAAGCGAAGAAUGGGGUGAUAACAAAAGCAACAUAUCAUGGAACUCGGGUUUAUUUCGAAUUCAUUCUUCAUCCGAACAAGUCAAAUGAAACGAAAUUCGAAUACUCAUCUCGAGAACCACUACGUGGUCCCAUUGAAUACAAAAAAAGUUUUCUAAAGUAUCAAGAUGAGCACGUCAUUUGGUUUGUACAUAAGUCCAUACCUUGGUGA